GAUCACCACUGCACUCCAGCCUGGCGACAGAGUGAGGCUCUGUUUAAAAAAAAAAAAAAAAAAGUGUGGCUUUGGCCUAAGAAAGUACCCAGGUUUCAGACUUAAGAAAUCCUCAUUACACUGCUUUCAGUUGUUUUUCAUGAAAGAAAUGACCAAUGAUACUUUGUAAACCAUUUACCUGGCCAUGAGUGAUUAGGUGAGAAAACCGUUAGUGGACACCAGAAUGAUCUGAAGAGGAUUAGGGAUGGCUCUUUGGGCACAUUUUUACUCUAGUUUAAUGGGUGGAGAUGGCAGCUGCUGUGGUCUGCAGCAUGCAAGUAAAGACACCAGGUGGCACCAUUUAUUAGCUUUUACUCCCAUGGAGAGGUUGCAUCAUGUAACAAGAGGUUGAGGGAACCAACUAUCUUUUGCAUAUUGUAGCUAAUGGUUCUUGCCUUCUUCCUCCAGACUUGGGAAAUAAAUGUGAAAAUCGUAUUUUAUGUUUCAUAAUAUUUGCAGUUGCAUGGUUGAAGGGAAGAAGGCCACAUGCUAUUGCCGGUUGGUCUUCCAGGAGAUGACAUCCAUCAUCUCCAUGUCAACUUGUGAGCUUUACAAAUCUCAUUUUUAGUAUGUGGCUACAGUAUACACAAGCACAUAUGUGCUUUGCCACUUGGCUGUACAAGGCUCACCAUUGUACACAAGCAAUGAGUUUAGGGGUUCUUCCCUCUUGCUAUCACAUGUCUUCUCCACAGGGCUGCAAAAGAUCUGGGUAGGGUGAGACAGAUACACCAGUGUAGUAUUCCCUUGGGUCCCUUGUCUUUGGCUUAGGCUUUUUCAUAAGGUAUAAUAAUUUCUUAGAGGUUCUUCCCUCUUGCAGACACAUGUCAUCUCCACAGGGAUUCAAAAGAUCUGGAUAGGGUGAGACGGACACACCAGUGUACUAUUCCCUUGGGGCCCAAGUCUCUGGGUUAGGCUUUUUCAUAAUUUCUUAUGGUAGUAAGUGGAGAAUACAGAGGAAAUACAUAUUUCAUGUAACAUUUCUGUGUAUUCCCUCUGCCUCCCCCGACAUGAGUUAGAAAAACUACCCCUCGAUAUAGUAUCAGCAAGCUCGACAGUGACCUCAGCAAGGAACAGCCCUAGAGAAAAGGAUUCACAAGUAAAUGGAACGAGGAAAGAUCUGGAGCAACGAAGUGCUGGUCAGCUUUAGCUGAGGAAGCACAAUGGGACGUCGGAGGCUAAAGAAACGAUGAAACCUGCAGUAUUAUUAACAUAGCACAUUCACUUGUCUUCUCUUGCCCCCGCACGCCCAAAGCUCUGUUCAAGGCCACCCUUUCCCCUUUCAUAAUGACCAAUCAGGUUACCCAGUGCAAAAACACUAUUAAAUUCUUAGCUAUUAAAUUGCGUUAUUCAGAAUAAUCCUUUCCACUUUGAGUCUACGUGCCGGACUGGCUGCGAGCAGAAACUACUUCAGGCGCUUUAAAUCUCAACACUUGUGGUCGCUGGGAGCAGAGCUCGUAGGCUGUAGCUCAGUCUUGUAAUUCUGAGCUACGAGUUUCAGCUACGGUCCCUCGGGCCUAUCAAAUGGCAACCUGAACACUGGAGGCGUGGUUAUCGUCUUGGGGCUCUGGGAAGUGCAGUUACAUGGGGGACCAGGCCUGAUAAUACCAUAAAAGGCUUGGUUCUCUCAAUUCUGAAGUCAUGUUCUGUUGACCUUCCUCUAAAAGCGGUACCCGCAAUUGUGCGGAUUCCGUGGUUCUCUAGUCCCAAGCCGUCUGCUUCCUGGGCCCUUUCAUUGGCUACGCCCCCGUAAUUCUUGCUCGUCCACUCUGGAAGCGCUCUCCUGACUACGGGCCGCGCCCCUCGCAUCGGCUCCGCCCACCUGGCGCGCAGCUUGGCCCGGGCGGUAGUUCGCGUUUUGAGCCGAUCGUGCCACCAUAGCUCCUGCUGCUGCCUCUACCACUGCCGCUACAGCGGCGGAGCUGAAAUUACCGAACGCGAUGCCCGAGGGCGCUGUGAGUGGGGUGGCCCUCGCUCGCCGAGGCUGGUGAGGCUGGCCCGAACGGGGGCGCUGGCGAGUAGCAGGGGCCUCAGAGGCCGGUGAAAGAUAAAGGUCAGUGAGAGGGCAUAUUGGGAAGCCCUGUGGAGUGGGAAGACAGUGCCGCUGUUGAGACAAGACCCAGGACUGUGCCGGGGACUGUCCCAAGGGGUUUCUCAUCAUAAUGGCUGUGGAAGGGUCAACCAUUACCAGCCGGAUCAAGAAUCUGUUGAGAUCUCCAUCCAUCAAACUGCGCAGGAAUAAAGCAGGAAACCGACGAGAGGACCUCAGCUCCAAGGUGACCUUGGAGAAGGUGCUGGGAAUUACAGUGUCUGGAGGCAGAGGACUUGCCUGUGACCCCCGGUCAGGUUUAGUUGCCUACCCAGCAGGGUGUGUGGUUGUGUUGUUCAAUCCCCGGAAACACAAACAGCACCACAUCCUCAACAGUUCCAGGAAAACCAUCACUGCCCUUGCCUUCUCCCCUGAUGGCAAGUACUUGGUCACUGGAGAGAGUGGGCACAUGCCCGCCGUGCGGGUUUGGGACGUGGCAGAGCGCAGCCAGGUGGCCGAGCUGCAGGAGCACAAGUAUGGUGUGGCUUGUGUGGCUUUCUCUCCUAGCGCCAAGUACAUCGUCUCUGUGGGCUACCAGCAUGACAUGAUCGUCAACGUGUGGGCCUGGAAGAAAAACAUUGUGGUGGCCUCCAACAAGGUGUCCAGUCGGGUGACAGCAGUGUCCUUCUCUGAGGAUUGCAGCUACUUUGUCACUGCAGGCAACCGGCACAUCAAAUUCUGGUAUCUCGAUGACAGCAAGACCUCAAAGGUGAAUGCCACUGUGCCCCUGCUGGGCCGCUCAGGGCUGCUGGGAGAGCUGCGGAACAACCUAUUCACUGAUGUGGCCUGUGGCAGAGGGAAGAAGGCGGACAGCACCUUCUGCAUCACGUCCUCAGGGCUGCUGUGCGAGUUCAGUGAUCGAAGGCUUUUGGACAAGUGGGUGGAGCUGAGGAACACAGACAGCUUCACAACCACAGUGGCCCACUGCAUCUCUGUGAGCCAAGACUACAUCUUCUGUGGCUGUGCUGAUGGCACCGUGCGCCUUUUCAACCCCUCUAACCUGCACUUCCUUAGCACCUUGCCCCGACCCCAUGCUCUGGGGACAGACAUUGCCAGCAUCACUGAGGCCAGUCGCCUCUUCUCUGGAGUGGCCAAUGCCAGGUAUCCAGACACCAUUGCCUUGACCUUUGAUCCUACUAAUCAGUGGCUGUCUUGUGUGUACAACGAUCAUAGCAUUUAUGUUUGGGAUGUGAGGGACCCCAAGAAAGUGGGCAAGGUGUACUCGGCUCUGUAUCAUUCUUCCUGCGUCUGGAGUGUGGAGGUCUACCCCGAAGUGAAGGACAGUAACCAGGCCUGCCUGCCCCCCAGUUCCUUCAUUACCUGCUCCUCAGACAACACCAUCCGCUUAUGGAACACAGAGAGCUCCGGGGUGCAUGGCUCCACCCUCCACCGAAACAUCCUCAGCAGUGACCUCAUUAAAAUCAUCUAUGUGGAUGGGAACACCCAGGCCCUGCUGGACACAGAGCUGCCUGGAGGAGACAAAGCGGAUGCGUCCCUGAUGGAUCCCCGCGUGGGCAUCCGCUCGGUGUGUGUCAGCCCCAAUGGACAGCAUCUAGCAUCAGGGGACCGUAUGGGCACACUUAGGGUGCACGAACUUCAGUCCCUGAGUGAAAUGCUGAAGGUGGAGGCCCAUGACUCUGAGAUUCUGUGCCUGGAGUAUUCUAAGCCAGACACAGGUCUGAAACUGCUAGCAUCGGCGAGCCGGGACCGGCUGAUCCACGUGCUGGAUGCCGGGCGGGAGUACAGCCUACAGCAGACACUGGACGAACACUCAUCCUCCAUCACUGCUGUCAAGUUUGCAGCCAGCGAUGGGCAAGUCCGCAUGAUCAGCUGUGGAGCCGACAAGAGCAUCUACUUCCGCACUGCGCAGAAGUCUGGAGAUGGAGUGCAGUUCACACGGACACACCACGUGGUGCGGAAGACGACGCUCUAUGACAUGGAUGUGGAGCCCAGCUGGAAGUACACGGCCAUCGGCUGCCAGGACCGAAAUAUUCGGAUAUUUAACAUCAGCAGCGGGAAGCAGAAGAAGCUGUUUAAAGGGUCACAGGGUGAGGAUGGCACACUCAUCAAGGUACAGACAGACCCCUCAGGGAUCUACAUUGCCACCAGCUGUUCCGACAAGAAUCUCUCCAUUUUUGACUUCUCCUCAGGCGAGUGUGUGGCCACCAUGUUCGGCCACUCAGAGAUUGUCACUGGCAUGAAAUUUAGUAAUGACUGCAAACAUCUCAUCUCUGUGUCUGGGGACAGCUGCAUAUUUGUGUGGCGCCUGAGCUCUGAGAUGACCAUCAGCAUGAGGCAGCGUCUGGCCGAGCUGCGCCAGCGUCAGCGGGGCGGCAAGCAGCAAGGACCAUCCUCUCCCCAAAGGGCUUCUGGACCCAACCGGCACCAGGCCCCAUCGAUGCUGUCUCCUGGACCUGCUCUCUCAUCAGACAGUGACAAGGAGGGAGAAGAUGAGGGGACUGAAGAAGAACUUCCAGCACUGCCCGUCCUUGCCAAGAAUACCAAGAAAGCACUGGCCUCGGUCCCCAGCCCUGCCUUGCCCCGAAGCCUGUCCCACUGGGAGAUGAGUCGGGCACAGGAGUCCGUGGGGUUCCUGGACCCAGCUCCUGCAGCCAACCCAGGACCCAGAAGAAGGGGGCGCUGGGCUCAGCCAGGUGUGGAGCUGAGCGUUCGAUCCAUGCUGGACCUCCGGCAGCUGGAAACGCUGGCUCCAAGCCCACGGGGCCCUAGCCAGGACUCGCUGGCCACCAUCUCAUCUGGUUCCAGGAAGCAUGGGCAGCAGGCCCUUGAGACUUCACUCACUAGCCAGAAUGAAAAGUCCCCUCGGCCUCAGGCUUCCCAACCCUGUUCCUGUCCCCAUAUUAUCCGAUUAUUGUCACAAGAGGAAGGGGUCUUUGCCCAAGAUCUGGAACCUGCACCCGUUGAAGAUGGUAUUGUCUACCCGGAGCCGAGUGACAGCCCCACCAUGGAUACCAGGAAUCCUGGCAGUGAGUUCCAGGUGCAGGCUCCAGCCCGGGGAACUCUGGGAAGAGUGUACCCAGGCAGCAGGAGCUCAGAAAAGCACAGCCCUGACAGUGCCUGCUCUGUGGAUUACAGCAGCAGCUGCCUUUCCAGCCCCGAGCACCCCACUGAAGACUCUGAGAGCACGGAGCCCCUCAGUGUGGAUGGCAUCUCUUCAGACCUUGAAGAGCCAGUUGAGGGCGAUGAAGAAGAGGAGGAAGAGGAGGGAGGCAUGGGCCCCUAUGGGCUGCAGGAGGGCAGCCCCCGGACUCCAGACCAGGAGCAGUUUCUGAAACAGCACUUUGAGACUCUGGCCAAUGGAGCUGCUCCAGGGGCCCCAGUGCAGGUGCCAGAGAGGUCAGAGUCUCGGAGCAUCUCUUCACGAUACCUGUUGCAAGUACAGACCCGCCCACUCAGGGAACCAUCCCGGUCCUCCUCAAGCCUGGCACUGAUGUCGAGACCAGCCCAGGUGCCACAGGCAUCUGGUGAGCAGCCGAGAGGCAAUGGUGCCUGUCCCCCUGGAGCACCCCCGGAGGUAGAACCGUCCUCCGGCAACCCCAGCCCCCAGCAGGCAGCCUCUGUGCUGUUGCCACGAUGCCGUCUCAACCCUGACAGCAGCUGGGCUCCCAAGAGAGUGGCCACAGCCAGCCCCUUAUCUGGACUCCGGAAGGCCCAGUCUGUGCACAGUCUGGUGCCACAGGAAAGAGAUGAGGCCGGUCUACAGGCCCCUUCACCAGGCCCACUGCUCUCUCGGGAGACAGAAGCUCAGGAUGGUCUGGGCUCCCUGGCCCUAGCUGAUGGCCCUCCGUCUCGGCCUCACUCCUAUCAGAACCCCACCACCAGUUCCAUGGCCAAGAUAUCCCGCAGUAUCUCUGUUGGGGAGAACCUGGGCCUGGUGGCUGAACCUCAAGCUCCUGCCCCCAUCCGAGUCUCACCACUCAGCAAGCUGGCCCUGCCCAGCCGGGCUCACCUGGUCCUGGACAUCCCCAAACCACUGCCUGACCGUCCUACCCUGGCUGCAUUCUCUCCUGUCACCAAAGGCCGGACCCCUGGCGAGGCAGAAAAGCCUGGCUUCCCAUUGGGCCUAGGAAAAGCUCACAGUACAACUGAGAGAUGGGCCUGUUUGGGGGAGGGUACCACUCCCAAGCCUAGGACAGAGUGCCAGGCUCAUCCUGGGCCCAGCAGCCCCUGUGCCCAGCAACUGCCAGUCAGCAACCUCCUCCGAGGCCCUGAAAACUUGCCGCCCCCACCCCCUGAGAAGACUCCCAACCCCGUGGAAUGCACCAAGCCAGGGGCAGCCCUGAGCCAGGACUCAGAGCCAGCAGUGAGCCUGGAGCAGUGUGAGCAGCUGGUGGCAGAGCUCCGCGGUAGCGUGCGCCAGGCCGUGCGGCUCUACCACUCGGUGGCUGGCUGCAAGAUGCCCUCAGCAGAGCACAGUCGGAUCGCCCAGCUCCUCAGAGACACCUUCUCUUCAGUGCGACAGGAGCUGGAAGCCUUGGCUGGGGCAGUGCCAUCCAGCCCAGGCGGCAGCCCUGGGGCUGUGGGAGCCGAGCAGACACAGGCCCUGCUGGAGCAAUACUCAGAACUGUUGCUUCGAGCCGUGGAACGGCGCAUGGAACGCAAACUCUGAGUUCCGGAAGCCUGUCCCAAGUGAAUGAAUGCCCCAGUGAUUCCAAACUGCAGCCCCUCUGCCACUCACCAAAACCCACGGGGCUGCUUGGAUUGGAAAGCAGGGAGCAGUGUUCAGAGGCAAAGCAGCCUUCCCAGCCGCUCCUCAUAGGGCGCCUGUAUUUAUUAAUUUAUUUCCCUGACUGUUGCCUCACUUCCUUGGAACUCCUGCCUCCACAGCCCCUCCAGUGGCAGGGACAGGUCUUGGGUCUUUGUCAUCUUGGUGCUGUGAGAGGUAGGAGGGCAGCUUGCCCCAUCUAGGAAUCUGGGAAGGGCUGGCCCUCUCUUAGAAGCCAUUUGAAAUUUCUGCAGGGAUCAGCUCCCUGGGGUGGAGCAUACACAGGGUACUCUGGGGUCGAGGUGAGGUGAUGUGGUGUUCAGGGCCCUUCAGCCAACUGUGGGCCUUCACUUCUACCUCCACUUCCCCUCUCACACCAGCUGCACUCCCCUGGCUGCCAGAGCAGGGUGGUUUUCCCCAAUACCUGGCAGCUCAGAAAGGCAGAGCCGUCAGGCCCUCCAGGGUGUCCCCACCCAUCAGGAGACUUGAAUUGGUAUUAGGACCUGAGCCCCCACAUUCCACUCCUGUUCUCCCUCCAAGAGGGACCCAGCAUUGUCUUUCCCUGUGACACCUUUCUCUCCUGGCCAGAACUUGAGCCAGCUGUGGGAUGUUGCUGCGGGACAGUAAGCCCUCACCUGGGCAAACAUGAAGCUCUGGCCUCCUUUCCUCAGCCCCUUGUUCUUCCCUGUUCUCCGGCCUUGGACCCCAGCCGGCUGCUGGAGCCCAGAGGCCACCUGCUCCCUGCAUCCUGAGUGAUGCUCAGUCAGAAGCCUGUGUUGGAACGUCCUUCGUUUACAGGGCGCUGGCCCACCUCCUGAGGACCUCGGCCACAGAUGAGAUCACACGCAUGCAUGUGCACACACGUACACACACACACACCACUACCUGCACAGCACGCAGGUGUUGGUUGCUAGAGUAUCCGGCUGGCUGCUGUGUGCCUGGCUUGCUCACAUCCUGCCUCAGCUUCACCACCCUGGCUUAUGUGGAACACAUAUCAGGGAGCAGAAAAGGGGCGCAGCACACUCAGUGAACCCAGAUUCUGGAUUCUUCGUGUCCACAGCCUAGCUGAUAGGAGAUGGCCCACAGGACACCUGGUUUAGGUAGAAGGAGCCUCCUCAAAGGCAGUGCUGGGCACCCACGGGUGUGCUGGAUGCUGUGAGAGGAGGGAGGUGCCAGGACCAAAGGAGACACUAGAAAAGUGGCAGAUGGGACAGAUAAGUGGCAGAGGUGAGGGGAUAGGUUACAAUGUGAAAGGGCAGUAAUUAGGCGUGAGGGGAAGGAGAUAGGGGAGCGUAGGAAGUAGAGCGGGACCAAGUUGUGAGGCAGUUAAAGAGUUGAGGAAAGGUGUCUGUGGGCCUUGCUGCUCCCCUCUGCUCCAGGUAAGUGAGAGCAGCUUUACCACAGCCUCAGGCCACGAGAGCCCCUUCACCCACGCUGCUGUGCGGUAGGCAUAAGCUUAUAAAGAAUUGGGUUCCGGACCAGGUGUGAUGGCCCACGCCUGUAAUCCCAGCACUUUCAGAGGCCAAGGCCGGCAGAUCACGACGUCAGGUGAUAGAGACAGCCUGGCCAACAUGGUGAAACCCUGUCUCUACUAAAAAUGCAAAACUUAGCUGGGCCUGGUGGCGAGCGCCUGUAGUCCCAGCUACUUGGGUGGCUGAGGCAGGAGAAUCACUUGAACCUUGGAGGUGGAGGUUGCAGUGAGCCGAGAUCGCGCCAUUGCACUCUAGCCUGGGUUACAAAGAGAGACGCCAUCUCAAAAAAAAAAAAAAGAAAUGGGUUCCGAAGGGUGCCCAGCUCUGGGACAUCAGCCUGAGUGCGCUUGAGCUGCUCCAAACCUGGCCAUUCCCCACUCCUCUAGCACCGCCACCCGCAUGGCCCCGGAACUCCCGCUGUGCCCCGACCUCCCACACCAGCCGUGUCCACCGCAGGUGGGACUCAGGUUCGCCCUCUGGGCCAGGUCCUUCACGAGGAGGGAGCUUCCCUCCGCCUGACGUUUGUGAGAACGUGGCCGCCCUUUUCUUGCCCUCUGCCCCAUGUGGGUGAGGGGCGUCGUGGCCCGGCCGGCGCCCCGUCCCCUUCUGCAUGUCUGAGGCCACCGGCAACCGCCGUCCAACUCGAUUCGCCCCCGCCCAGUUUUGAAAGCCCCUUAUUUAUAACUUUUCUACUUUGUGCAGGUCGCGGCGCUUCCCGCCUCCUCUUCGGCUGCACGGGGCGGGGGGCUGUUUUUAACGUGCCCGUUUGUACUGAUGUAUGAACUUGUCAAUAAACACAAUUGUUUGUUAA